GGGCAUGAUGAAGGUAAAGGACAAGAAGCCAGCCUGGCGUCGGAGGUUCCCCGAUCAGCCUUGCCCUUUCCAGGCAGCGCACGUGACGUAGCGCCUGCUUGACCUCCUCCUUCACGCUCGCCCUGGAUGGACUCAACAUCUAGCAUCCAGGAGCCCUUUGACCUCAUCCGGCUCUCUCUGAGCGAGCGCGUCUUUGUCAAACUCAGAGGGGAUCGCCAACUUGAGGGCGUUCUGCACGCGUAUGAUGGGCAUAUGAACUUGAUCCUCAGCGAUGUCGAGGAGACCAUAAUGAUUGUGGAUGUACCCGAAGGUGCGCCAGAAAGCCAAGGAACGGUGAAUGUCGCGAAGAGGAAAAUGGGCAUGCUCUUUGUGCGAGGGGAUGGUGUCAUUCUGGUUUCGCCGCCUUCUCGCUGACACUGCGUACCUGCGAUCGCAUAUCUCGUUGGGGUGACGAUCACCCCCUGCCAUAGAAUCGUUUUUGGCAGUCAUGCUGCCGCUCAAGUAGUGGCACGCACAUCUCUACACUCUGUAUUUGUUGUAUUUCAUCG